AAGGAGGCGAUGUCAGAGUGUAUACGCGGUGAACUUACGGUUGGCCAAAACCAGACCCACCCUGGUUGUUGAAGAUUCAGAGGUCGAACCUCCGUUCCCAGGCCACCUCUGGCAGCGCGACAGCCGCCGCUACCUGCACCGUAUUAGCUUGGGUUCUGCCAAAAUCGAUAGUAUUCUGCAUUCCUCUUGUAGCAUGGCAACAAGAUUACAAUUCGAGAAUAAUAAUGAUAUUGGGGUUUUUGCUAAACUCACCAAUGCUUAUUGUUUAGUUUCAAUUGGUGGUUCUGAGAACUUCUACAGCACUUUUGAGGCUGAGUUAGCCGAUGUGAUUCCAGUUGUCAAAACCUCCAUCUCUGGCACUAGAAUCAUUGGACGGCUCUGUGCUGGAAACAAGAAUGGCUUGCUUUUGCCUCACAACACUACUGAUCAAGAAUUACAACACUUGAGGAGCAGUUUACCAGAUUCAGUUGUUGUUCAGCGCAUUGAUGAGAGAUUAUCUGCUCUGGGGAACUGCAUUGCAUGCAAUGACCAUGUAGCUCUGACUCAUCCUGAUUUGGACAAGGAAACUGAGGAUUUGAUAGCCGAUGUUCUUGGCGUGGAAGUUUUCAGACAGACAAUUGCUGGCAAUAUACUCGUAGGAAGUUUCUGCGCAUUGUCCAAUCGUGGUGGUUUGGUUCAUCCUCACACUUCUAUAGAGGAUCUAGACGAGCUUUCGACCCUCCUCCAGGUCCCUCUCGUGGCCGGGACUAUAAAUCGUGGUAGCGAAGUGAUUGCUGCAGGCUUGACAGUAAACGACUGGACGGCAUUCUGCGGAUCAGACACCACUGCCACUGAGCUAUCGGUAAUUGAAAAUGUGUUUAAGUUGAGAGAAGCCCAACCCAGUGCCAUUUCCGAUGAAAUGAGAAAAUCGUUGAUAGACAGCAUCGUUUGAGCUUAAGCCUUGAAGCUGUAUCGAAGUUUGUCACAAUUCACAGCUCUGUGUGUGAAUGAAGUGAAGCUGUGGCAUCUCCCAGUGGAUGAUUUCAUAUCAUUCCUUAUCUAUGGCCAUUUCUUUUUGGUUUUUGCUUAUGCUAUUAAUAGUUGAGCAGAUUCUAUACAUUACAGUGCCUAAAUUUAAUAUUGUGCAAUUAGUUUUAUACUAUUGUGUGAAUAUUAAAAGCGUUUGAAAGCUAGGUUUGUCAAUUAUGUGGAUUUUAUAAGCAUUUGAAAGAGGUUUGUCAUA